AUGACAUUUUUGCAAAAAAGCUCUCCAUUUUUGUCCGACCAAACCCGCAGUCCUCGUCUUGCCGCACGUCACUCCCCUCCCCGCAGCUUCCCGACGUUGCGCUGCUCCCCUCCCCGCCGCGCCGCUGAGAUCCCCCGCGCCUCCUCUCCCUCCUCCACGCCGCCGGCGCCGCUCCAGUUCGCUGCCUCCUCUUCCUCCUCCAGGCCCUCCUCAACAUCACCGGCGACGACGGCAUGGGGAAGACGACGGCGGCAGCUGCGGAAGUCGACCCCAACGAAGGCGGAUCCUCCUCAACAUCCCAGGCUCCUCCUCCUUCAGGGCGCUGGCUACCUUUCAGUAGCAGCAGAGGCGGCGAGUAGGAGCUGGGUCGCCUGGACGAAGAAGAAGAAGAAAUCAGCGAGGAGGAGCAGGUGGGUGGCGGUGGCCACCUCUGUAGCAGGUUGGGCGGCUGUGCUGGGCCCUACGGUGGAUGCACUGGUCACCUCGGUGCACGACGGUGGAGCAACGGCGGCCGGGGUCUUGCCCAACUCCCGCAGCAGAGUGGCUGGCCUUGGCGCGCCGGGGUUGCGGCCGGGGAUGCGAGAAGGACGACGAGUAGAGCCGACCGUGAGCCGUGGAAUCGCCGCCUGUCGAGGUGUCGCCGCGGAGGAGCAGCUGGGCGGCGGCGAAGCUCGCCUCCGCAGCGCAGCUAAGCAGGGGCGGCGCAAGAUGGCAGCUGCGGGACAGGUGGGCGGCGGCGCAAGUGGGACUUCGUCCUGGCUGAUCCUACGGCGGCUGGGGCACGCCGUGCCCGUGGGUAACAGGGGGAGGCGGAGGCUGGGGCGCGCGCGGUGCCGGCCGGCGUCGGGGGAGGAAGAAGGACCGAUUAGCACGAGAUUUAAAAUGAAAAAGGGGUUUUCUGCAAAAUUAUAAUUGAACUACGCUGGUGACAAUUUUUUCCGGACGGAGGGAGUAUUAGGGAAACGUACAAAAUUUGAUCAAAAAAAGUGAAGAAACAAUCCUCAGCGAUCAACUGUAAACAAUGCAAAGUUAGCUAGUCGAGCUGGCUACAUCCUCAUGUAUUGAACAGGAGGUCCCGAGUUCGAUCUCUCUUCCUGACA